ACUAAAUGGAUACAUCGUCAUUGGAGACUGAAAUCUAGGGCUAUUUAUGUUUUUAAAUCAUUAGACAUUAGAUGUCCUUGCUUAUAUGACAUGCCAAGAAAGAUAUUGUGGAGUUAAGACCGUAAUUAAAUCAUUCAUUAGUUUACAAAUUCGUUGUGUUUGUACUACAGGACAACUCGAUAAUUUUUAGUGAAAUACAACAGAAGUCGAUUCUAAAAUAAAAUGUCUACCCCAGCUCGUCGGCGCCUAAUGAGAGACUUCAAAAGAUUACAGGAAGAUCCUCCAACCGGGGUCAGCGGCGCACCCACUGAUAAUAACAUUAUGAUAUGGAAUGCAGUUAUUUUUGGACCCCAUGACACCCCAUUUGAAGAUGGCACAUUUAAACUAACUAUAGAAUUCACAGAAGAGUAUCCAAAUAAACCUCCCACAGUACGAUUCGUCAGUCAUAUGUUUCACCCUAAUGUUUACGCAGAUGGAGGAAUUUGCUUAGAUAUUCUUCAAAACCGAUGGAGCCCCACAUAUGAUGUAUCGGCUAUAUUAACUUCCAUUCAAUCUCUACUUAGUGAUCCAAACCCAAAUUCGCCUGCGAACUCUAUGGCUGCGCAACUGUACAAAGAGAACAGAAGAGAAUAUGAAAAGCGGGUGAAAGCUUGCGUAGAACAGAGCUUCAUUGAUUAGCACACUUGAGGAAGCAUUUACCAGAUCUACUAUCACGCUUCGAAAUUAUGGCAACCCCUUUUUUUCUAGUUACAACUUCAAUACCUAGGUUUUAUAAUUUUUUUGAGAAUAAAAGCAAGUUUUCAAAGGCAAAUGUGAAUACCUUAGAUUUGAGUGGAUGUUUUUUUGCUGUGUUUAUGUACUGGGUGUUUCUGUAACGACAGCCAUACGCUUACAAUGAUGUAUCUAUUUACUAAUUCUUGUAUUUUCUUUUGAGUUUAUGGAAACAUCUAUAACGACCUACACUAUUAGGAACCCAAUUUUUGUGAUUAUUAUUGUAUUAAAACCAGUUUUGGCGUCUGA